AUGGCUCCCAGCGCAUCUGGCGCCAGUUUCGCCCAGUUUUUCCCUGCCGCCCCUCGCGCCGCCAGAGCCAAAGCUACUGAGCGGGAACGAGCCAAGUCGCGAGCAUCCUCUGAUGCUGCCGACCGCGAUACGAGGACAGCAGCUUCAUCAGCCGUUCCUCGCCGCGAAAGCAUCCCGGACAAGGAUGAGAACAUCCACCCACCAAUAGAUGACACCGAGUCUCUGACGGGCGACAUCCUCAAUGGCGUCGGAUCUGCCAGUUCUCAUGCGAGCACCGCUUCUUCGGUCUUCAGUAGUUCUCAUCCGUCGGCUGCUCUGAACGCCUCAUCGCGCGCCUCCAACAGCAAUCUCACACCUCUCACUAAUGCUGAUUCUCCUACCUAUCCCCCAAGCUCAAGCUCACAGCAUAUCAAACAGUCACAAAACCAAGAUAUCAGCAAGUCUGAUGGCCCGACUUCCCAAUCGCCCACGGAAACCACAUCAACAUCGCACCGUCGCUCUGGUGUCGCAGACCGCAUCCUGGCUCGCGAUCCGGCUCGCCAGAUAAAGGGACUCAAGUGCUCACACGAUCCGUUAUCCGACAAGAAGUUAUCUUCGACCGAGAGGAAAACAAUGAAGCCCACAUAUAAACCGUUCGGUUCGGAAGAUGACGUCCCCCCGGCAGAUCCUAGGCUGGCCAAAGGCAGCUGGCUUGACUAUAUCAAUGUCGAUUUUCAUCUGCCCAAGGCGAGAUUGCGACAAACUCCCUACAAUGUCAAGCCCUAUGCCUAUGACCCGGCGACAUCAGUCGGUCCCGGGCCGCCAACGCAAAUCGUAGUCAGUGGAUUCAACCCUUUGGUCACUUUCUCCAAGGUGGCCACUGCUUUCAGCUCUUUUGGUGAUAUUGCAGAGAGUAGCAACAAGAUGCAUCCCGACACUGGCAGCUACCUAGGCUUCGCGACAUUCCGCUAUCGAGACUCCAAGCCGGGUCGCCGUGGGCCAGUACCAAUAUUUGCCAUUGAUGCUGCCAAGAGAGCACAGAAGCAAAUGAACGGGCGCAAGAUCGAGUCGUACCAAAUCAAGGUCGACUUCGACCGCGAUGGAAAGAAGAGUCGCACGAUGUUGGAGAACAUGAUCAAGAAGGAUCGUGAAGCAGAAACACGUCUACAGUCUCAACGUUCCGCGCAGCCAGCCACUCCAGCUGUCCCGACAGCGCCGCGGCUGAGGGCCAUCGAUGGUCUCACGCGAGCACCGCCUACUGCGCCGAGAGGCCCGGCUGCCUUCCGUCAAGUUGCGACACCUACCUCCGACCCAAACUCUACCUUUGCUAUGCCCACGAAGCCGAGACCGUUGGUCGAGCCCCAGUUGAUUGCGCCCCAGCUUACGGGCCAGCCCUACAUCUUCGUCCCCGACAACUGUGUGCCAGUUAUGCCAACUACUGUCGCCCACAUGAAGAGACGACUAAAGUCAUUCGCCAUAGACGACGUUCGCGCUGAUCGAUUGGGCUACUAUAUCAUAUUUCCCAACAGUGCUAUCGGUCGUGAAGAGGCCUACAGAUGUUACAGGUCCGCUGACGGUAGUGCCUUUUUCACCUAUACCAUGCUUAUGCAAUUACACAAUGGUUCAGCACCAACGGGACAUGCUUACACUCCAAGCACCGUCAGAAGGAGAAGCGAGCCCGAGAGACUUCUGCCUGUUCCUCCCGUAGCAGUGGUACGGCAGAGGAGCGAACGGGAAAUUCGUCGACGGGAUGAAGAAGCCGUACUUGAGGAGGAGAAGAAGCAACGUGCUAAGGACUUCGACCCUGUUAACGAAGCUAUCCAGUUGGUCCGUCGCGAAAUGAGGGAGCAUUUGAUCCGGCACAUUAGGACCAAGGUUGCGGCGCCUACGCUAUAUUCUUAUCUUGACCCCGCCAAUCAUGUUUCGAAACGGCGCAGAUUGAAUAUUGAGGGUCCUCCUGGCACGCCAUUAGCCACCGUGCAGGCUGUUGACGAGCCUGAGACACCUGCUGCUACGCCUAAUUCAAGAGCAGAUCCCAUCGAACGGCGUACGGCGCGGGUCGACGUUACUGCUCUGCCCCGAAUCAGGAAGGCCAAAGGUUCAAGCGCUGCCCAACGCAACUAUGGCUUCACCGACCCGUUCGCUCGCAAACGACCCACUGUUGUUCGCAACGCCUUCCGCUCACUACAUCACCGUCUUGCACCUGACAGUGAUGACGAUGUUUCUGAAGACGAGACAGAGGAAACCCGCGACUCCGUAGCUCGCGACACCGAAGAGCCGGAGUCUCGACCUCGUAGCCGCAUGAGCACGGACGAGGACGCUUUCAUGAAGGAUGGCUUCGUCGACGAUGAUUCUAUGACUGAGGCUAGCUUCGUCGUCAAUGACGGACCAAUCCGAUCCAAGAAGCGAAAACUGGAUCUUCAAAUUGAUGCUGUCAUCAAGCGACAGAAGAAGACGGAUGAGGAGCUCUUUGGAGUCACCAUUGACACUCUAGAGACCGAAUUCCCUAGUGCUGAUAAUGUCGAGGAUAUCAUCAUUCCAGACGCAGAUGGGAAUAAGGAGAAGACACCGGGUCUCAACCAGCCGCCGAAGCCCGCACCCGCUGAAAUACCAGUCAAGGGCAAGAAGAAGGCAGCAGCGACUAAGCCGAAGAAGAAAACCAAGAAGCAAAUCUUCGAAGAGCGGGAGGCUCUCAAGAAGCAACAACAAGAAGCUUACGUCGAAGAGGCGCUUGAACAGACCGAGAAGGAAGAGACGAUUGAACCGGACGACGCAGCCCAGAAGCCCGUGCCCGCCAUCGUUGAAGAUGUGCGGAAGCCCACACCCAGGGAUGCCCGCUUUGCCGAGACGGUAGUUGCAGCCAUGAUUCUUCCUGACAAGUUCAAGUUGGGCGCCCAGUCUGUGGCGGAACUUCAACUCGAGGCAAAGGACCGGCCCGAUAUUGCAAAACUCAAGAAGAAUUUCCCCGUCGGUGACAUUGGUGACCCCCGACUUUGGACUUGGAGACGCAAUCGUGUGCUGGAACUCAAUGCCCCCCAGGGCCAGGUCGAAGAACCCUUACUUAUUGAGGGCUACUACGUGCCAAACCCUACAGGCUGCGCUCGAACGGAGGGCGUGAAGAAGAUCCUCAACUCUGAGAAGUCGAAAUAUCUGCCGCAUCAUCUCAAGAUUCAGAGGGCUCGCGAAGAGCGGCAAGCGCGCGCAGCCAAGAAGGAUGGAAAGGAUGCUGUGGCCGCAGCGGCAGAAGCGGCAAGGCUUGCGGCAGAAAAGCUCCUUGCGAAGGGCAACUCCCGCGCAAACCGAGUCAACAACCGACGUUUUGUUGCCGAUCUCAAUGACCAGAAGAGAACGCUGGGUCAAGACUCGGACGUUCUGAGGUUCAACCAGCUUAAGAAGCGGAAGAAGCCCGUCAAGUUUGCUCGUUCAGCCAUUCACAACUGGGGCUUGUAUGCCAUGGAAAACAUCAACAAGGACGACAUGAUAAUUGAGUAUGUCGGUGAGCAAGUUCGGCAACAGAUAUCCGAAAUCCGCGAGAACCGCUAUCUCAAGAGUGGCAUCGGCAGCAGUUAUUUGUUCCGUAUCGAUGACAAUACGGUUAUCGAUGCGACCAAGAAGGGAGGUAUUGCUCGGUUUAUCAACCAUAGUUGCAUGCCCAACUGCACCGCCAAGAUCAUCAAGGUUGAAGGUAGCAAGCGCAUUGUCAUCUAUGCCCUUCGGGACAUUGCUCAGAACGAGGAGUUGACAUACGACUACAAAUUCGAGCGAGAAAUCGGCAGCUUGGAUCGCAUUCCCUGUCUAUGUGGCACCGCUGCUUGCAAAGGCUUCCUCAACUAA